UCCUGUAGCUAGAAUUCUGUUGAAAACUACAUUACCCAGAAUGCCUCGCCAACCCCGUAAACAUAGACCUGUCAAACAACACAAACGCCAUCUUGACAGCACCCUCAAAAUGGCAGAAAGAUGUGAGGCUGAAACCGAGUUCAAACUCAGAUUCCCGUACUCCGCUUUCUAACGGCAGCCUGUCCAGUUUCCGCCUAAACGACAGGUUAUGGGGACGGUGCCUGGCGCCGCAGCACAGAGCCUGUAAAAUGGAUAUAACGACGGCGGUUUUCAACGCGGCUCGAGAUGGUAAGCUGAAACUUAUCCAGAAGUUGCUGAGCAACAAAACUCCUGAGGAGCUGGAGGCGCUGGCCGAGGAGAAGACCCAGGGAGGGACCCCGCUGCUGAUAGCCUCCCGGUACGGACACCUGGAGGUCGUGGACUACCUCCUUGAACACUGCAAGGCGAACGUUGAACUCGGGGGCUCGGUCAACUUUGACGGCGAGACCAUCGAGGGCGCCCCGCCGCUGUGGGCGGCGUCGGCCGCCGGUCACCUCCCGGUGGUGAAGACGCUGCUCAAGCACGGAGCGUCGGUCAACAACGCCACGCUGACCAACUCCACGCCGCUGCGGGCCGCCUGCUUCGACGGCCACCUGGAUAUCGUCCGCUACCUGGUGGAGCACCGAGCCGACAUGGAGGUCGCCAACCGCCACGGCCACACCUGCCUGAUGAUCUCCUGCUACAAGGGCCACAAGGAGAUCGCCAAGUUCCUCCUGGACCGCGGGGCCGACGUGAACCGGAAGAGCGUGAAGGGAAACACCGCCCUCCAUGACUGCGCCGAGUCCGGCAGCCUGGACAUCAUGAAGAUGCUCCUCAAGUGCAAUGCGCGCAUGGAGCGGGACGGGUACGGGAUGACCCCGCUUCUGGCCGCCAGUGUCACCGGCCACACCAACAUCGUGGAGUAUCUCGCCCACCAGCCUCGAACCUCCAGAGAGGAACGCAUUGACGCGCUUGAACUCCUUGGAGCAACUUUUGUAGACAAAAAACGUGACCUGCUGGGUGCAAUGAGGUAUUGGAGAAGAGCCAUGGAGCUGAGGCAGCCUGGGGACAAAGCUGGACCCCUGGCCAAGCCCCCACCCGGCCCCCCUAUUCCCGCAUAUGGCUGUGCACAAGAGGUGAACACCGCAGAGGAGCUCGAAGCUUUGAUCACUGACCCUGAUGAGAUGAGGAUGCAAGCCUUGCUGGUCCGUGAGCGCAUCCUGGGGCCAUCCCACCCAGAUACUUCGUAUUACAUCCGCUACAGGGGAGCUGUGUAUGCGGACUCCGGGAACUUUGAGCGCUGCAUCAGUCUGUGGAAAUAUGCUUUAGACAUGCAGCAAAGUAACCUUGACCCUCUCAGCCCCAUGACAGCCUCCAGUUUCCUCUCCUUUGCAGAGCUCUUCUCCUUCGUUCUUCAGGACCGGGCAAAAGGCACGCUGUCGACCCGCAUCACCUUCCACGACCUGAUGACUGUGCUGGGGAAGAGCGUCAGAGAGGUAGAGCGAGCUGUCGCGCAGAGGGACAACCCCCCCGAAGCUCCUCAGUUCACCAAGGCUCUCUCCAUCAUUCUGCACCUCAUCUUCCUGCUGGAGAAGCUGGAGUGCAGUCAAGAGCAGGAACACCAGAAGAAGCACACAGUGUAUCGCCUGCUGAAGCUGAACCCUCGAGGUCGGAGUGGCUUCACGCCGCUCCACAUGGCUGUAGACAAGGAAACAACAUCUGUGGGCCGCUACCCGGUCGGCCGCUUCCCCUCGCAGGCGGUGGCAGCGCUGCUCCUGGAGUGCGGGGCAGACGUCGACUCACGCGACUGCGAGAACAACACGCCACUGCACAUCGCUGCUAACAAUGGCUGUCCAGAAAUCAUGGCACUACUUAUGAAGGCUGGGGCUCACUUUGACGCAACAAAUGCACAGAGGAAGACGGCCUAUGAGCUGUUAGAUGAGCACGGCAGCGGCCAUCCGGCCCUGUACCCACUGAACUACAUCACCCUUCAGUGCCUGGCAGCACGUGCGAUUGAAAAGCACAGACUGCCCUACAGAGGACUGAUCUCAGAGGAGAUGGAGACUUUCAUUGAGCUGCACUGACUUCCAUUUUUGUCCCCUGGAAAGGCACUUCUCUACCUGUCCUCCCGCCAGUAAUUACUAUUACCUGCCUCAAACGGGUCUCCUCAACAUUCUCCUGAUGUUUGCCCUCCUCUGACUUUACAAAUUUUGUGUCAGACCAAACCAUAGCAAUAAACCUAUCCUCCAGGCUUAAAGCUCUUGUUGAGUUUGGGUUAAUUCUAACUUUAUUCUAAUGUUAAGCCACGUUGACUUUUUAGGGGAUUGUUAAUUUCUACUGCUAUUUAAUUCUGUGUGAAAUUUCAUGAACUUCAUACGGGCUUUCACAUGCCUCCCUAAAGGAGAGUUACAGUAUGAUGGUGCUUGGAUUGGUUUGCUGGUGUAUUAACUGUGUGAAAGGUGGGUUUAAGUAUUGAUGAUUAAGCAUCUGAUCAAAGUAACCAGACAACAUGCAUGGAAGUGGUGUGUGAACGUGGAAGCUUCAUUCAGGGAGGAAGCAUUUGAUCAAACUCUUACUUGUUCACACAUAUCGUCUGUUAUGUUUUGCUGUUAAUGGUGACGUACGGAAAGCACUGUGCCAAAUGUUCUGUUAUAAACUGCUGAAAAAAAGAAAAAUCUAUGAGCUCAUGUUCCAAAUUUUAAACAGAAUUAAGGUUAUGGAUACAUACGAGUCCAAUUCCUAAGGAUCAGCAAUGUCAGUUUAUAUUUCAGACUGUGACAGUACUUGUCGGCAUAAGGAGCCAUUACCUAACAGAGCCUGAUAGCGUGUUGUAUCGCUUUGACGAUGUGAAAAACAAAAAAGAAAGGAAACGACGGAUAUAAUUGUCUGGCUAACAAUACCCAGUCUCCAUACAGAUUCAUAUCCUAUGCAGUUUGUAUUAUUCAAUCAAAGGAAAGUUAAAAUUCACUGCAAAAUCAGAUUUCCCUCUUGCUUCUCUAAACUUGACACAAACUCAAAAGAAAUAAAUACCAGCUGAAUUUCUGAACUAAGAAUGUUUCCUUAAAUCUCUGCCUUUGUCUGUGAAUGAGCAGUUUUGAACUGGAGCCUAAAGUGUGCCUACAUCGCUCCUUCUUGAUCAGCGGCAUCUGCUGUUUAAUGUCAGAGAGUUGGUGAGGACGGCUGUGGAGCUUUGGCCCUGUUGACAGAAUAAACCUCGAUGCAUCGGUUCUGUUAUAGAGUGGAUUUUCCUUUUAAUGUCAGAUGCAGCUCACGGUUCUCCGGCCAUCUCUGCAUCUUAGUCUUAUAUUUAUUAGUCCCUCUUUUGUUGAUCUUGUGUUAUCAUGAAUGUUUCGUCUGUCUGUGCAAAAGCACCACCUAGUUGAAUGCACACUGAGAAGCUCUGAGGGAAUUCAAAACACCUUACAUUCUGGCUCUGGACUGUCGCUGCCUUUCUUUUUCUCAGCCGAUUAACUGAUGAUAACUCAAGAACAAAAGUGUGUUGAAGGUACUUGAAUAAAAUUCAGUAUCACAACAG